UCGGGCCCCAGGUAUAUCUUGUUUUGUCUUUCGGACCCAAAGUAUAACUUGUUUUGUCUUUCGGACCCAAGCAUAUCCUGCUCUGGCUCUUUGACCCCCAGCAAUUCCUCUUCUUUCCUUCGGACCCCAAACAGAAGAUGAAUCGAGGUCUCUUGCUUCUCGUCGUGGCCGCGACGUCAGUGUCGGCCCAGGGUGUUCUCUCUCCUUGCGGCCAGGCCGUAUAUUCGGAGUACAACAGUCAGGAGAGGGCAACUGGGACUUGCCCAAUAAAAUACUCGACGGCUAUUUACUCAUACAAUAUAAACCCAAACUGCCCCUGGCAAGAAGGCUCACCACCGUACAAUGUCGAAGUCUGUGAUCCAAUUCUAUUCGAUUUCAUGAAGUGUCGGUUAAAUGCUACAGGACUUCUUAAAGCCGACGGUUCUUUCAACGACGCGGCCUUCAAGAAGACAACGUUGCAGAACAAGUGCAGCUCGGACGCCAAGUUCUCAACCGCGUACCAGCCUUGCAGGGACUCUACCAUGAAAUACUUGAAC